GAAGUACCGAAAACCUCAAAACUCACAAAACUUCUCGAAUUCAACUACCACAUUUCCACAUCUAUCUUGCAGAAUCAGAACACAAUGGCAGACUUCAAGCCCGUCUUCACCAAAGAUGCUGCUUUCCCAGCAGGACCUUACUCUCAAGCAGUAGCCACCUCCUCAACCAUCUACUGCUCAGGCCAAAUCCCCUGCACACCGACCGGCCAAAUCCUGACCCUUGAAUCCUCCACCAUCUCCGCCAUGACCGAGCUCUGCAUCAACAACCUCUCCGCGGUUCUCAAAGCAGCUGGCUCCUCAAUCGAGAAGGUUGUGAAAGUCAACGUGUUUUUGACUACGAUGGAUAAUUUCGCAGAGAUGAAUGCGGCUUAUGAGAAAUUUUUCAAGCAUAAGCCGGCUAGGAGCUGUGUAGCGGUUUAUCAGUUGCCGAAGGGGGUGCCGAUUGAGAUUGAGUGUAUUGCUUUGGCAUAAGGUGGUGAUGGGUGAUUUGUAGAGUCGUGACAUGGAAGGGGGGAAAUGCGAAGAUGAUUGGUGAUGAAGGGUUGAUAGAGCUUAAAAAUUAGAUUUCGUUGGGAAGGAAUUAUCUUUCUGAAAAAUUGUGAGAUUUUUGUUGCGGCAUAGUUGCACGCAUGCAACACAUUUGGAAUAUCACCAUGACGAAGAAAGCACGCGCCUCCGGUUAGUCGUGAUACACCGAAAUCCGGGC